CCGGAAGUAGGACUGUGGGGCCCGGGUGUAGCUGGAGGAGUUUGCUUUGGGGCCGCAACCGGCGGCCUCUGGAGUCAGGUGCUGCCCGCGUAGGCGCCCUCGGGGCUCAGUAUCUGGCACCAAUUCUCGCCCUGUCAUUUGUGAUUCAUGGCUCUGGUGAUAUACCGAAGAUUUUCCGGCACUUUCUGUGGAACACCUCCAGCUCUAACCAAGCAUCGCAUAAACAAGACAUUGCCUGGUCAAACCCAUGAGAACUGUGUUCUGACUGCCAAAACGGUCUGUACUGACACCAGAUUGGCAGGUACUCUCAUGUUGUCAAAACCUUUAGGAUGUCGAGCAUUUUGCAGUCCUUUUCCCUACACCACGUCCCAAAGCGUGGCAUAUUGGAGUAUUGGAAGCUGCACCCAGCACAGGAGACAGCACCCUUCAGAACACAGUAGCUUCUGCCAUCCUGCCAAAAAAGUUGAGAACAUUUGUAGCACCUCAUUUCUGCAGGGGAUCCUGAAAACUAGCAGUGCCCUCCCACGUUUAGAAUUCAGCAGGACUGCUGCUUCUAAGGCCAGCGAGUUGAAGCCAGGCCCAACUGGGGCCAUGAAAGUUGAUGAAGAAGAUACAGAAGUUUCUGAUACUUUUGAAGACCCCCGUGUUUUCCUAAAACUAAGGCCAGAGUACCAAGUUCACAGCUUUAACAGAUCUGAGACUUCUCAGCCCAUACCUGUUUCAGAAGGUGAACUCAUUUUGCACAAAGUUACAGUUCAUCAAGAUAACCUCCAGCCUCAUAGCAUUGCUGAUUAUUUCUGUAAGCUGAGCUCUUUGCCUACAGAGCAGCAUCCUGUUUUGCUGUCCAGAACCAGCUUUGCUCUGCUCUGCCAGCUGAGUGUGAAAAAAAUAGAUCUCUUUGAUGCCCCUGACCUAAUCAAUAUUUUGAAAGCCUUCGCCAUUUUAAGAAUCCCUCUCUCCCAUCCAAUGCUAGAUGCCUAUGAAACCAAAUUUUGCCAUAAAGUGUGGGAAAUGAAUCUGGAUCAACUUCUCUUGGUGGCUGACCUCUGGCGGAAUUUGGGCCGCAGAGUUCCCCGGUUUUUAGAAAUCUUUUUUAGUUACCUUAAUUUGCACUGGAAAGAUCUAUCCUUGUCCCAGCUGGUUCACUUAAUUUAUAUUAUAGGAGAAAAUCGUCAAGCACCCCAAGAUCUAAUGCAAAAACUAGAAUCACUGAUUCUCAGGUCUAUAGAUUGGAUCAAUUUAGAGGAGGUUGGUACAAUUUGUUUGGGAUUCUUUAAAUCAAGUAGUACUAUCUCUGAUUUUGUCAUGCGGAAAAUUGGAGAUGUGGCUUGUGCUGAUAUGCAGUAUCUGAGAAGUUACGCCUUAGUGAAUAUUCUUAAAAUGUUCCGUUUUACUCAUGUAGAUCACAUAGACUUCAUGAAGCAAUUUGGACAGAUUGCUCCUCAGCGAAUUCCUUCCCUGGGGGUUCAGGGUGUCAUGCACCUGGCACUCUCCUGCUCAUCCUUACGUUUCCUGGAUGAAAGGGUAAUGAAUGCUGUGGCUGCUUCUUUGCCACCUAGGGUAGCAUAUUGUCGAAGUAAAGACAUUGCCAAGGUUCUAUGGUCAUUUGGAACUCUGAAUUACAAGCCACCCAAUGCAGAAGAGUUUUAUUCUAGUCUGAUAAAUGAGAUUCACAGAAAGUUGCCUGAGUUCAGUCAAUACCCAGAACACCUACCUACUUGUCUGCUGGGGUUGGCAUUUUCUGAGUACUUCCCCAAAAAGCUCAUUGAUUUUGCUCUGAGUCCAAAGUUUGUAAGGUUAGCACAGGAGAAAACUAAGUUUGAACUUGUUAAGGAGUUAUAUACUCUUGAUGGUAUUGUUGGUAUUGAGUGUCCAGAUUACAAAGGCAAUCGUCUUAGUACUAAACUUCAGCAAAAGGGGUUAGAAAUACUGUGGGAUUUGGCAAGGAAAGAUAUGCUGGCAAAGCCUGAAUUCCUAGAAGCUGUCUUUUUACUUGAGAGCAUGCUGGGUGGGCCACAGUAUAUCAAACACCACAUGAUUUUGCCUCACAGCCGAUCUUCUGACCUAGAAGUCCAGCUGGAUGUUAAUAUGAAGCCAAUACCAUUUAACAAAGAAAUUACACCUACUGAAUAUAUAACCAAAUUGAAGUUUAAGCAUAUGGGAGUAAGUCUUACAGAUGAUUUGAUGAAUCAGCUGUUUAAUGGGAAAUGGAAAUCAAGAAAACAUCUCCAGGGGGAAGUUGAAGCUGAGGCUGGGCGACAGCCUGUGGGCUUACAGAAGGCAGAGAGCCUUCCUGCAGGGGACUUCCGUUGUGAUGCAGCGGACAAAUUGGGGGCCACAGAGACACCUGGCCCAGCCUCCCCAGACGAUAUGCAGGAACCUCAAGUAAAGCUAGCUAUUCAGCUGACAAACAGAAACCAGUAUUGCUAUGGUACCAGGCAUCUGCUUGGACUGCACAACAUGAAAAGGCGGCAAUUGAAUCAACUUGGGUAUCGUGUGGUCGAGUUAGCCUACUGGGAAUGGCUCCCACUGCUACAACGAACUCGCCCAGAAAAGCUGGCAUUCCUCCACGAAAAAGUGUUCAGCUCUGCUCUCUGAAGGGCCUUCUACUUUAAGUGCUGUAAAUAUUCACUGUAUCAGGUGUUGGAAAACAGUGACAAAGCCAGAUUGGAAGUUGGGUAGUAAAAGUUUUUGUGGAGGAAGUAUUUUGUGUCUGGCUCAUUGAAGCUACAAUAUAUAACUGAAUUAAUUGUAAUUUAGUCCAAUUAUACAAGUUGCUGCUAACUUAUACAGGUAAAUAAUAAAUAUCCGAAAAUA